AUGAAGCUUCUCAUCCUGAUCAUCUUCCUGAGCAUCUUCUGCACAGGGGCCCGUGAAUACACCUCUGUCCUCACUGUGCCCAAUGGAGGCCACUGGGGCAGGUGGGGGAGCCAGCAAUUUUGCCACUAUGGCUAUGCCAAAGGAUUUUCACUGAAGGUGGAGCCCUCCCAGUUUGGAGGAGAUGACACAGCUUUGAAUGGCAUACGCCUGCAUUGUGAAGAUGACUCAGUGGUGGAGUCCUUGGUGGGGAAGUGGGGUACCUGGACCACCUUCCAAGUUUGCCCUGCAGGCUAUUUGAUCUCCUUCUCAUUGAGAACAGAGAAGUCCCAAGGAGGAGGUGAUGACACAGCAGCCAACAACAUCCAGUUCACAUGCUCAGAUGAAAGUGUGCUAGUAGGUGAUGGACUGUCUUGGGGUAGAUUUGGCCCAUGGAGCAAAAGCUGCAACAUAUGCGGCCUUCAGACCAAGGUAGAGCCCCCACAGGGGCUUCAGGAUGACACAGCGCUCAAUAAUGUGAAGUUCUUCUGCUGUAAAAGAGCGCUUGCUCCAUCUUCAUGA